AUGUUGCAGGAAUCAAGAACAACUGAACGUCAAAUUUUAAAAGUAUUAGCUACACAUUAUUCAUCAUCGGAAUCAGGCAAUGACAAAAAUGAUCUUGAUCCACCAAAAAGCAUAAAAGUUGUCUAUAGUUUUUCAAGUAUGACUCGUUUUGAUGAUUUAGCACAUCGAUCACAAGCUCAACGAAGUUUACAUUUUCGAAUUAAUAGUGGAAGUUGCUCCAUGAAGACAUAUGCAUACUAUUCUAAACGUCUAGUACAUUGA